AUGUCACAACCCAACGGAAUCGCUACACUGUUGAAGGCUGAGAAAGAGGCCCACGAGCUGGUUUCGCAGGCCCGUCAACAUCGGCAAGAAAAGCUCAAACAGGCCAAAAGUGACGCCGGCCGUGAGAUCGAAGACUACAAGCUCAAGAAAGACCAAGAGAUCAAGAAUUUCGAAAGCAAGAACGCGGGAGGUGUUGGAGACCUCGAGAAGGAGGCCCAAGCCAACGUUGAGAAAGAACUUACCGAGAUUCAGAAAAUUGCCGGUACCAAAAAGUCGGACGUCGUGAAAAUGCUUGUCGACGCUGUUAUUACACCUGUUGGAGAGAAACACAUCAACGCCGCGUAA